AUGAAGCUUGCACAUGAACCAAUGAUGGCAGGACAUUUGGCAGCGAAGCGGACCUCAAGUCGGAUUCUUGCUGAAUUCUUCUGGCCAGGAAUUCAAGGAGAUGUAGUCCGUUUCUGUCGUUCGUGCGAUGUAUGCCAACGGACAUUUCCGAAGGGGAUGGUGCCGAAAGCACCUUUAGGAAACAUGCCAGUCAUUGAUGCACCUUUCACGCGGAUAGCUGUCGACCUAGUAGGACCUCUUGAACCGGUUACAGAUCGAGGGAACCGCUAUAUAUUAACAGUGGUUGAUUAUGCAACAAGAUAUCCAGAAGCGGUGCCACUGAAAGGAAUUGAGACGGAACGAGUGGCCGAGGCUCUCGUAGAUAUCUUUAGCCGUGUCGGUGUUCCAGCAGAGAUGCUAACGGAUCAAGGCGCACAGUUUACCUCAGGACUCAUGAAGGAAGUUAACCGUUUAUUAUCGAUCCGUCAGCUGACGACUACUCCGUACCACCCACAGUGCAAUGGCUUAGUCGAGCGAUUUAACGGCACUCUAAAGCAGAUGCUGAAGAAGAUGUGCACUAAGAAGCCAAAGGAUUGGGGUAGGUAUGUAAAUGCUCUUUUGUUUGCAUAUCGGGAAGUGCCUCAAGCGAGUUUAGGUUUUUCACCCUUUGAGCUGUUGUAUGGCAGAGUGGUCCGUGGGCCCAUGAUGAUUCUUAAGGAAUUACUAACCAAGGAAUUUCCUGACGAUGACGUCAAGACAACCUAUCAAUACGUGAUGGAUUUGCGAGAACGAAUGGAGGAGACCUGUCAAGUUGCUAGUGAUCGGAUGAAGGAUGCUAAAAGAAUCCAGAAGAAACAUUUUAACAAGAAAGCAAAGGCAAGAGAGCUAAAGCCUGGUGACAAAGUGUUUGUUCUACUCCCUACGAAGGCGAACAAGUUGCUUAUGCAAUGGAGAGGGCCAUACGAUGUUGUAGAGAGAGUGGGUGCAGUGGAUUAUCGAGUUAACAGAGAUGGCAAGAUAAAGAUACUGCAUAUAAAUUUGCUGAAGAAGUAUGAAGAAGCUGAAAAACUGAUCAGAGACGAAGUUGGAGGUGUGCUCGCUUGUGUGAUGACAACAGUGGUGUCUGAUGCGGAAGAAGAACUUCAGCAGGAUAUGGACUUUCCUAGCAGGUUGGAGUCUCUUCCAGGUGAUAGAGGAAAGGAACAUGUAGGUGAUGUGGAAAUUGCAACCAACUUGACAGAUGAACAGAUUACAGAAGUUACAGAGUUGAUGAACAGUUAUGAGGAUGUGUUGACUGAUCUUCCGGGAAGAACCAAUCUUGCGCAACAUGAAAUCAACACCACAACGAAAGAUCCUGUUCAUUUCAAGCCGUAUCCUUUACCUUACAACAUGAAGGAAGUAAUCAAGGAAGGAGUUGAGAAAAUGAUUGAGAUGGACGUGAUAGAGCCGUCAUCGUCACCGUAUUCGGCGCCAGUCGUUUUAGUAAAGAAGAAAGAUGGAUCGAACCGGUUUUGCAUCGACUUCAGAAGGCUAAACCGUGUCACGAUCUUCGACGCUGAGCCGAUGCCAAAUACAGACGAUAUCUUCUCAAGGCUAGCAGGUGCAAAAUACUUCUCGAAGCUUGAUUUGAGCAAAGGGUACUGGCAGGGGCCAAUGUCAACAGGAGCCAAACCGAUGACCGCGUUCGCUACACCCCAAGGGUUGUAUCAGUUCAAAGUGAUGCCAUUCGGGCUAGUGAAUGCGCCCGCGACUUUCAGUCGUCUGAUGAGGAAGUUGCUACUAGGAAUGGAUCAUAUCGAUAACUUUAUCGAUGACAUUCUGAUAUACACAGAUAUCUGGGAGAAACACAUGGAAGUCAUUAACGAGUUACUCUCGAGACUCCGAGCUGCAUGUCUAACGGCACGACCUAGCAAGUGCUCAAUUGGAUUUUGGAGCUUGUCUUGUUUAGGAAACAUUGUAGGAGCGGGGAGACUUCAACUAGAGGAAUCGAAUGUGGUUGCCAUCGACAAUACACCAAGGCCAGAGACAAAGAAGCAGGUGAGGUCAUUUUUAGGACUAGCGGGAUUCUACAGGCGCUUUAUACCAAACUUUGCAGCUAUUGCUGUACCUCUCACGGAUUUAACAAAGAAGGGGAAUCCCAAUAAAGAUAGAUGGGAGGACGUACACACACGAGCCUUUGCCACUCUAAAGAAGAUGUUGACAGCAAAACCAGUUCUCAAACUGCCAGAUUUGAAGGAAGAAUUCAUUCUUCGUACAGACGCUUCAGACACGGGAUUAGGGGCCGUUCUGUUACAGGAGGAAAGUGGAGAGAAGAUGCCUAUUGCUUAUGCCAGUAGGAAGCUUCUAGCCAGAGAGAAACAUUACGCUAUAAUCGAGAAGGAAUGCUUAGCAAUUGUAUGGGGAGGGCAGAAGUUCGAACCGUACAUCUACGGAAGAGAAUUUAUCCUGGAGACGGAUCACCAGCCUCUUACCUACUUGCAUCGUUCCAAGACAGCAAACGCAAGGCUUAUGCGCUGGGCGUUACUCUUGCAACCCUACCGAUUGAAGAUUCGAGCUAUCAAGGGCAUCGACAAUGUCGGAGCUGACUACUUAAGCCCUUCACAUGACGGGGAACCAGUCAUUGUGGGUGACCACACAGAGCUUAUAGUAUGGCAUCGUACUAGCAAGAAGCAACGGGACCGACCAGAAUGCUACCUAUUCAACGGGGUCAAGGUCAGCUUCUCAGAAGAUGAUGUCUGGCUGACCAGGUCAAGGCCAUCAACCAGGACUGAAGAGUCAGCGUCUCAACGAGAGACAUAA